CUCUCACCCUGCAAGCAGGACGGCAGAGCUGUGAGCUGCAGCCAUGAGCCGGGCCACCUUCUUCGAGGUGGAGGUUCUCAACGCCAAGACCCGGGAGCAGCUUUGUUUUUUAGAUAAGGUGGAGCCACACUCAACUAUAGGAGACAUAAAGAACCUUUUCCACAAAUCAUAUCCUCACUGGUAUCCAGCGAGACAGGCCCUGAAGCUUGAUCCCAGGGGAAAAUCGCUCAGAGAUGAUGAGAUCCUGCAGAACCUGCCUGUCGGGACCACUGCCACCAUGUACUUCAAAGACCUGGGCCCGCAGCUGGGAUGGACCAUGGUAUUUCUUGCUGAAUAUAUCGGGCCUCUCCUCACCUACCUGCUCUUCUUUUUUCGAGUCCCGUACAUUUACUCCCCCAGAUAUGCGUUUACCUCCAGUCCCCACCCCGUUGUCACACUAGCAUGUGCCUGUCACACUUUCCACUACGUGAAGAGGCUGAUAGAGACUAUCUUUGUGCAUCGCUUCUCCCACGGGACCAUGCCUCUCAGGACUAUAUUCAAGAAUUGUGCCUAUUACUGGGGGUUCUCAGCCUGGUUGGCCUACUACAUCAACCACCCUCUUUAUACGCCACCGUCGUACGGAGAAUUACAAGUCAACUACGCCCUGGUUUUAUUUGUGAUGUGUGAGUUGGGAAACUUCUCCAUCCACUGGACGCUGAAUAAUCUCAGAGGAGACGGAUCCAAGAGCAGGAAGUUCCCCGUGCCCACUAAGAACCCUUUCACGUGGCUCUUUUUCUUUGUAUCCUGUCCAAAUUACACAUACGAGCUUGGGGCCUGGGUGAGCUUCUCCGUCAUGACCCAGUGCCUGCCAGUGGCGUUGUACACGCUCCUGGGGUUCAUCCAGAUGACCAUCUGGGCCAGAGGGAAGCACAGGGCCUACAGCAGGGAGUUCAAGAACUACCCGAGUCUCCGGGUGGCCAUCAUCCCCCUGAUCCUGUGA